CCAGUCUCCCAGUUUGGCCUCUCCCUUUGUGCACCGCCCCUCAUGAACACCUUCCCUUCCUUCUCCGCACCUCCUCCCAACACACCAACCAUCCAAUCAGUGUGUAAGCCCUGCCUCCGGGCCCCGUGGAGGAUGAACGAUGUGCCCACGCUUGACUACGAGUUGCUGCUGUCCCCGGCCAGCUCCUCCCUCCCCGGCAGCCCUGGCGGCGGCAGCAGCAGCCCCCCUCUGGCCCUGGUCGGGGUGGACACCGAACAGCGCACCGCCCUGGCCUUCGUAGGCCUCCUCAUGCUAUUCCUGGUCUUCCUGCUGGUCAGGUGCUUCAGGAUCCUGCUGGACCCCUACAGCCGCAUGCCCGCAUCAUCCUGGACUGACCACAAGGAGGGGCUUGAGAGGGGUCAGUUUGAUUAUGCACUGGUGUAGGGUGAUCUUUUACGGCAUAGUCAUUCAAAGGUAGAGAUGGACAGAGAUGAUGCAUAGUGUUGUGAACACGCUAUAAGGAGGAGGUUCACUUUAUGCUGGAAUAUGCCUGGUUUAAAUCACUGUACUGCAGCGUGUGUACUGGUGUAAAUAUGAGGCUGCAGGACCCUUUGUAACCAUAACAAGUCUGGUUCAACAACAGGCACACCCUGUGAGCCAAACACUCACCCAAACUCAGAUGUAUGACCGUGAAGAAAACAGAAAUAAUGAGCUGCACAGCUGCCUUAACCUGACCUAAUGUACUAGGCUACCACAUCACAACAUCACUUUAGGGCUAGGUUUUCCAAACUCCACUCUGCUCGUCAGAUCACAACGUAGUUAAGAAGGCACAUUUUUGACAAGAACUCUCACACAGGCAGAACUUAAAUGAAGGAGUUUACACUUAAGCAGAUGCCCCUUUAAUGAACCGAGGUCCAUUACAAAGUAUCCACGUGUUAAGUGCUGAUCGAGUAGCACAAACCCUCACAUUUGUUUUGAUUUCGGAUACCCAUCCUCGAGCAGCACUGAAGUUCCAGAUGCUUUUUAAGGCCCCAAAGCAGGUAGUUUAUGUCUCCAUGAAAUCUUGUCUGUGUACAUUUCGUGUGUUACCGUGUCUAUUACUGAGAAGCCAUAUUGAAACUAUAUAAUCUCUUAUUACUGCAAGUAGAAUUUAUGUUCGUUGGUUGUGUCCUUUGCUUUAGUCAGCCUGCCAAGUGUGGUGAUGAAGCAAAACAGCAACCUUUAGGCAAAAAAAAAAAGCUUUAUUUUUCUAUUCUUGACUCAAGUUUGGGAGUCUCCUUUUUGCUAUCUUUCUGCCCUUUUUCCUCUUAACGUAUCGAUCCUUAGACUGUGGAUUUUUGAGGUAGUCAUGCAGCCACGUCUUAGAAGGAAGCAAAGCAGGUAGCUUUGCUUUUUUUUGUGUUUUGUAAUCAAAUAUUUUUCUGACUAUCUGCUUUGUUUUUUGAUACACUGCGUUGAAUCGGUGAAACAUUAAAAAAAAAAAAAGAUUUUCCUCUUCAAUUACUCUUCUCUAAUUUACACUGAUGGCUGGACUGUGUGGUGGGUCCACGUUGUUCAUGUUGAAAAUGAAAUAAAAUGAUUACUACUUA